AUGCUUGAACUCGGUCUCAUUUCAAACAAAUUCUAUGUACUAAAGACUGAGUCUGAAUUCAAGGAGAUUGAACUGAAAGGAACAACAACGACUAGUGUGACUCCAGUCAGUGCAUCUACUGUAGCUACUACUACACCUCAAGUAAGUGAACCCGUUGUUACUCCUGAGAAGGCAGCUCCUGUAGCAACUACGGCUCCGGCACCAGCUAAAGAUCCAGAUACUAAAGUUUCAACUGCUACUACAGCUACAGUAAGUGAACCUGCGGUUACUCAAGCAACUGCAACUCCUCAGGCUCAAGCUGCGCCUACUCCUCAGGCUCCAGUUACAUCAACUGGAACACCUGUAUCAACUCCUAAGUCAGCUCCUUCUGGCACAUCAGUCACCCUUGAUGUCGAUAAGAAGGCUGGUGCAGCCGAUUUCGACUACUCCAAGAGUGAUAACUGUCAUACAUACACAGUUAAGCCUGGAAAAGUGUUCAGUAAGGUUGUGAAGGGAACUACUGGCAUCUGGGAGCAGAAAAAUAACAUUUGUGCCGUGAGAGUCAUAUUUGUUGUUGAUAAGGAUGGUACAUUUGUGUCAAUGAUACUCGAUAAUUAUGCCUUUGUACUACUAAAAUUGUCAACUGAUGGAAAGUGGACUGACAUAACCUCUACCAAGCAUGAUAUUACAAAACUCAAGUUCUUAGGGGAGAAUGAUAGAGAAAUUACCAAGGCUAAUUACAAAGUUACCCUCGUUGAGUAUUCUUACAGAUUUAAGUUCAAUGAGGGAGUCAAAUGUAAGAGGAUUAAACUUGGAGAUGAUGAUGUAUGGAAGCACAGUGAUGAUCCUAAGUUUGACUCUAUCACGUUGUUUGAUCUAGGGCUCAUUUCCAACACUUUCUUUGUGAAGAAUAAAACUGAGUUUAAGAAACUACCUUAUAAAGGAAAAGUCACAGCUCCGGGUACUGAGGUAACAGCAGCUCCAGCUCCCGCACAACCUAAGGCUCCAGAGACUACAGCUACUGUACCAGCUAAAGCUACUCCUGUAGCAGCCCCUUCUGGCCGACCCGUAACACUUAAUAUCAGUGGGGAGGCCAGUACUGAAGACUACGAUUUUACCACCGAUCAUCACAGGAAUAUUAAGAUCUAUACUGCCAAGGGUAGUUCAAUGUUUAACAAGAUCUUCAAGGAUGAAAUAGUUAUCUGGACGACCAAUGAUCCUAAUAAGUAUUCUACCAAGGUUUUCACUGAUGGUAUUGGCACCUUUGCCAGUACCAAAUAUGUGACCAUAUAUCUGUAUAACGGUCAGAUCGAACAUUAUUGUAAGUCAGACGGUGGAUGGCAGAAGGCUUCUAAUAAAAUAUCCCUUGACCUAGGUAAGACCUCUAGUACCAUUGGGUUUGACUUUCACCAUGAUGGUGAAAGGAGGACUUUCACGGCAAAACCUGGAUACCUAUUCAAAAAUGUCUUCCUCGGUGGAUGUAUUUCUGGUAAUACUUUUUGGGAUGCAAAAACUGACAUUGAGUGUUCUAGCAAGGUGGUGGUCUACGGUGUUGAGUCAAGUAUUAAAAACGUUAACGUAUUCUUGAACAAUGAUAGAGUUGUUCACGCCCAUAGGGUUGGAAGUAAUUGGGUCUCAUCAACUGGCUUUACUCUUGAUAUCGGUAAAAAUUCGAAUAAUGACCUGUUUGACUAUAGGUCGACUAGGGGAUUCGGUCACUUUAAUCCUAAGGCCAAUUUGUCAAUCACUAACAUUGUAAAGAAAGGGCUUAAGAUAUGGUCUGCGAAAGAUAGGGACUAUGGUCUCAAAGUAGUACUCAUGGGCUCCGGCAAGGAUGUGAAACAUCUUUCAAUUCUGUUGGAGAGCGGAAAGUUUGUGCUCCUUAGCAAGAUUGGCCAGGGUCAACCAUGGAAAGACGUUACUAAUGAUAAACACAAUUUCUCCGGGGUAAAGAUGUUUUCCCUGGAAGAGAGUACCUCAAAGUACCAUGAACUGACUAGGGAGGAUUAUGAGCCAAUUGUGUUUGAAUGUAGAUAUGGUUACGAAUUUAGGAAUGAUGUCAGAUGUGUGAUGAUCAUGCAAAAAGAUAUGGUACUGUGGAACCACACGGAAGACACUGAGUUUGGGUAUCCUAAGGGCUUCUAUCUCGAUCUUCGUGAAAACAAGUUUAGUGUCACAAGUCUUAAAGAUCAGACAAAGGAAAUAGAUAUGAGGAAAGUGGCGGGUCUUCCAGGGGCCGAAGACAUUGCUCCCGUGUCUGCUGCUGUGGUUAGAGCUGCAGCAGUUACCAAGGUAACCCUUGACAUUGAGAAGAAGGAAGGUACCACUGAGUUCGAUUAUUCAAGGAGUGGUAACUAUCCCGUAUUCACUGCUAAAUCUGGUUGUGGAUUCAACAAAAUUAUGAAGGGGGGAGAAUUCGUCUGGGAGUUCCCUGACGAUUUUGGAACCUUAGCCACGAAAAAGGGUAGUGAUAAUGUAGCCGUUCUGCUUUAUAGUGGUAACCUUGUAACACUUAAAAAGUCUAGUGGUAAGUGGAGUGAUAUCAGCUGUCAGAGACACAAUUUCAGCAAGCUAAAGUUUUACGGUGAUAGUGACACUGAACUUAAACCAGCUGAUUACAAGGUUAAUGUCCUCGGGUAUGACAACACCUUCACCUUCACUUACGAGUUCAAUGCCGGGGUCAACUGUAAGAAGGUGAAGUAUGGAGAUAAUGAGCUUUGGAACCAAAACCAACAUCCCGGAUUUCAGACCAAAAUGAUCCAAUUCGAUCCUCUUAAAAAUGAAUUCUACAUCGCCACUAAUAAAAAUACAUACAAUAAAAUAGAGUAUAAAGGAGCGAUUAUCCCGCCUGAUAAAUCCAAGCCUGUUGCUGUAACUCCUACAGCUACGACUCCUGCCACGGAUCCAGCAGUUGCUUCACCAGUUACAGUCACCGCUCCAGCAGUUACAGCCCCUGCCAAACCGGCUGAGGCUACCAAGGUAACUCUGGACAUUGAGAAGAAACAGACCACAGAACAGAUUGACUACAAGGAUGAGAAUGGAGUCAUCACAUACACUCCGAAGAGUGGUUACUUGUUUAAUAAGGUCGCUCAGGGCACCAAGGUAAUUUGGGCUUCAGUUUCUGACGUAUUUGGUAAGCUGGUUAGGACUAAGGAAACCAAGGGUGUUAAUUACCUUGUAGUCCUACUAACCAAUCGUACAUUCAGUUUGUUCCAAGAGGCGCAAAAUGAGUGGAAGGAUAUCACCAAAGAGAGGCACGAUGUUAAGAAGCUAAAAUUCUACGGAGAAGGUGACACAGUGCUGAAGGAGACAGACUACGAUGUAACUAUAGUAGACAUGUCAUUUAGUCACACAUUCAAAAGUGGUGUCAAUUGUAGGAGGGUGUUGCUGGGUCAAGAGGUUGUCUGGAAAUCAGAUCACGAUCCAAAGUUUCCUACGAUAAGUGCGUUUUCACUAGGUCUUGCUUCAAACUGUUUCUUCAUUAAGAACGCCUCUGGUGAUGUCAAGAAGAUAGAACCCAAGGUAGAAGCUGAAUUGGUUACCAAAGUGACUGCGGCUCCGGUUAAAGCAGAACCUGCUGAACCAGUUAAACCCAAAGAAGCUACUCCAGCUACUGCUGGCAAAUCCAUCAGUCUUGAUAUUGAGACCACGAAGGGUACAGAUCAGUUUGACUUCACUGAUGAUAAUAAUGUUAAGACCUUCAGUAGGAAGAACGACUGUGUGUUUGACAAGGUUUCAGAGGGUAAUACUUUGGUUUGGGAAUCCGAGGGUGUGUCUGGUACUAUGGUUAGGACUAAGAAAUUCCCUAACGGUGAUGAGUUCUUGGUCAUACUACUCAAGGACUAUAUGUUCCAGCUGUUCCAAAAACCCGCUGGCGGAGCAUGGAAAGAUGUUACUGGUGAUAGAUUUGAUUUGAAGAAAUUGAAGUUCUUUGGUGAGGGAGAUAAGGAGAUUACCAAGUCUGAUUACAACGUAAAUUUGGCUUUCCUAUCAUAUGAAUUCAUAUUUAAGACUGGUGUCAAAUGCCAGAAGGUGAAGUUGGGAGAUGAUGUGUUAUGGAAACAUGAUGAGGAUCCAAAGUUUAGGGAGAUCAAGGCAUUUACACUUGGUCUUACCACAAAUAAAUUCUUUGUGAAGAACCAAGCUGAUGAAGUCAAGAAGAUAGAACCCAAACAAACAGAAGUAAAGGUUGAAGAAACCAAACCAACAGAAAAGGUUGAAGAAACCAAACCAGUAAUAGAAGCUGAAGUGGUUGCUAAAGUGGCAAUAACACCCGUUGGUACUGUUCCUGCUACUGAAAGACCAUCAUUUGUUGAUCCUACGUUUACUCUAUUGAAACCGUCGAUUGCAGCACCAGACUUUGUUAAGCUGUAUUCAAGUAAAUCAGGGGAACACACGUGUAAAGUGGAGAAGUUAUUUGAUGACUAUGAUUAUGUCUUAGAAGAUCUUCAGUGUGAAGUGAUAGCACACAAUGGAAACUGUGUCUGGAAACAUGAAAGCGGUAAGGAAUAUCCAAAGUUCGUGACAUAUAAGGAGGAUGAGGAUAAAAUCAUUGUAACUUUGGAAAAAGUUUAUUAUACCUGCUUCAUGGAAGAUAAUGAGUGGAAAUCAAAAAUAACUACCAAGGAUAAAAGUGCUCCAAUCGAACCUGGUCCAUCAUAUCCACUUGACAAUGCUCCAGUUCCUAAGUCUGAAGCUGAACCAGUUAAAGCAACUGAGGCUAAGGCCGAGGCUAAGACAGUUGUGGCAGAACCAGCCAAAUCUCCAGCACCUGCCGCUGCAACUGGUACUACAGCUGCUACACCUGCUGCUCAACCAAAGACAACACCUCCAACACCUGCUGCUACAACUGGGACUACUCCUUCAACUACUGUUACUCAACCAAAGACAACUCCUGUUACUCCAACUCCCGCAGCUACAACUGGUGCUACUACAACUCCCGCAGCUACUCCAGCGACAGCACCUGUAACAACUGGUACUACCACUAACCAGGUUACUCUUGACAUUGCCAAGAAUCAGAGUACCAAUGAGAUUGACUAUUCUAAGAGUGAUGAUAAUAAGUAUCAUAAGUACGCUCCUAAGUCAGGUAAAGUGUUCAGUAAAGUUACCCAGGGUAACACUCAAAUUUGGAGCUCAACAGGGAAUGUGAGUGGUAGUUUGGUAAGAGUCAGGACUGAGGGUAACGAGAAACAUGUAGCCAUAAUGCUUAGUAACAAUGGAUUCAAACUGUUCCACAGCUCUGAUAAGGGAAAUACCUGGGCAGACAUAACCAGUAAGAGGCAUGACAUUACUAAAGUUAAAUUCUAUGCCGACGGGAAUAAGGAACUUAAGACACCAGAUUACACAGUUAGCCUAGUCGAUUUCGCUUAUAGGUUCACACUUAAGAGCGGUGUCAAGUGUAAGAAAAUUAAACAUAACAAUAAAGAUGUCUGGAAAUCUAGUGAUGAUAACAACUAUAAGGUUAUCACUAUUCUUGAAUUAGGCCUCGUUUCCAACGAUUUCUUCGUCCACAAAGAUGAAAAUACAAAGAAGAAACUGAAUUUCAAAUAG